AUGGAUACAAAUCUUCAUUUAACACAUCAUCGUAGUUCACUUUUUCUACUUGCUAUUCUAAUGAAUGAAAUGAGUCAAUAUUUAUAUGCUGAAUAUUUUUUCUCAUUGUUACUAAAAGAUGAAAAUAUCAAACAUCAACCAUGUGUGCUCGCUAACAUUCAUGGUAAUAUAGAUUAUAUGUGUAGACAAAAAGGAGAUUUACAAAAUGCUUUUCAUCAUUGUGAAUUUGUAUUAAAACUUUAUAAAGAAAAUUCAUCAAAUGAUAAUCAUCAGACAAUUGCAACGUUUCUGGUGAAUUUAGGAGAAAUCUAUAUAAUAAAAGGUGAAUUCAAUCGAGCUCUCAUCAAUUAUGAACGUGCUUUAACCAUUGAUAUAAAUCCUACUAAUAGCAAAAAACCUAAUUUCGAAUAUAUUUUCAAUUGUUAUAAUCAAUUAGGCAUUAUCUGUGAACGUACAGGUCGUUAUGUAAAAGUACUUGACUGCUAUGAAAAAUGUUUACAAAUACGUCUUGAAAAUAUGCCACGAAAUCAUCCUGAUUUAUUAAUACCAUAUAAUAAUAUUGCAUUUCUUUAUGAUAGACUUAGUCAAUCGGAAAAAGCAAUUUAUAUCUAUAUGCGUAUUCUGAAGAUUAGCAUCAGUUCAUUCUCACAAGAUCAUCUGAACGUUGCUACUCUAUAUCAUAAUAUAACUUGUAAUCUUGAAGAUCUUGGUCGAUUUAAUGAGGCACUUGUCUAUGAAUAG